GUGAAUCAGUGAGUGUGUGUCUGUGUGCAGCCUCCUCCGGUGUGGAUGGCGACCGAACGUAACUGAGUCUCGCGGCACAACAAACUGCCAUUUACAGGAGAGAGAGAGAGAGAGAGAGAAAAAAGGACACCCUCUAACCGGACCGCAGCCCCUUCUCUCUCUCUUUUUUUUUUUUUUUUGGUAACUUCUCCGUUUGAGCCGUCCUGUCCCAGCCGAAACCAUGAGCCUACCUCGGCCGGACGAGUUCAAGCCUCCUCCAGAGUGCCCGGUCUUCGAGCCCAGCUGGGAAGAAUUUCGAGAUCCGUAUGCCUUUAUCAAUAAGAUCCGUCCCAUUGCAGAGAAAACGGGCAUCUGCAAAGUGCGGCCACCCCCGGGAUGGCAACCUCCAUUUGCCUGUGAUGUUGACAAACUGCACUUUGUUCCUCGUAUCCAGAGACUCAAUGAGCUGGAGGCACAGACCAGAGUUAAACUCAACUUUUUGGACCAGAUUGCCAAAUUCUGGGAUUUGCAGGGAUGCGCCCUCAAGAUUCCUCAAGUGGAGAGAAAGAUUUUGGAUCUAUAUAAACUCAACAAGCUGGUUGCGGAGGAAGGAGGUUUUGACAUCGUCUGUCGGGACAGACGAUGGACCAAGAUCGCGGUCCAGAUGGGCUUCUCCCCGGGGAAGGCAGUGGGCUCCCACCUGAGAGGGCAUUACGAGAAAAUCCUCUAUCCGUUCAAUCUCUUCCAGAGUGGAGCCAACCUCCUGGCGCCAGAGCUAGCUUCCAAACUGAUGGGUUUGGAGGUUGAUCCUGAACUGGAACAGUGCGUCCAGAAGCCGCUCCAGUCCGCGGAGGGUAAAGAAAUGGACGACGCCAAGGAGGAGACGAAGCAGGAACCGACCCAGAGGCCCGCGGCCCCGUCGCCCGAGGCGUACCACAGCGCCCGCAGAGGCAAGCGCAUGAAGAGCGAGCCCAUCUGUGUGAAGACGGAACCCGGCGACCCGGGGGAGAACCGGCCAAACCUGCGGCGGAGGAUGGGUUCUAUUGUCACCAAACAAGAACCAGAAAAAGAGAUCCCCAUUCCAGUUAAACAGGAACCAGUUGAAAUGAAAGAACCAAUGGUGGAAGUGGACAGAACCAAGUCACGGUACAAGAAAGUGGCUCCGCCUCCAGUGUCUCCAAGUCCGGUGGACCUGGUGGUGUGCCUGGUGUGCGGCAGCGGGGCGGACGAGGACCGCCUGUUGUUGUGCGACGGCUGUGACGACAGCUAUCACACCUUCUGCCUCAUCCCUCCUCUGCUGGACGUCCCCAAGGGAGACUGGAGGUGUCCCAAGUGUCUGGCUCAGAGCUGCAGCAAACCUCUGGAAGCGUUCGGCUUCGAACAGGCGUACAGAGACUACUCCCUCCGAGCUUUUGGACAGAUGGCAGAUGCCUUUAAAUCAGAUUAUUUCAACAUGCCUGUUCACAUGGUGCCGACAGAGCUGGUGGAGAAGGAGUUCUGGCGUCUGGUCGGGGCCAUAGAGGAGGACGUGACGGUGGAGUACGGAGCAGACAUCGCCUCCAAGGAGUUCGGGAGUGGAUUUCCAAUUCCCAACGGCAAAUUCAAGGUUUCCCCGGCCGACGAGAAGUACCUCCAGUGCGGCUGGAACCUCAACAAUCUGGCCAUGAUGAACCCGUCUGUUCUGACCCACGUCACCGCCGACAUCUGUGGGAUGACGCUGCCCUGGCUCUACGUCGGCAUGUGCUUCUCCUCCUUCUGCUGGCACAUCGAGGACCACUGGAGCUACUCCAUCAACUACCUGCACUGGGGAGAACCCAAAACCUGGUACGGAGCUCCUGGUUUCGCAGCAGAACAGUUGGAGGAGGUGAUGAGGAAACUGGCCCCAGAGCUGUUCGAGUCCCAGCCUGACCUCCUGCAUCAGCUGGUCACCAUCAUGAACCCCAACACGCUGAUGUCCUACGGCGUCCCGAUCUACAGAACGAACCAGUGCGCGGGUGAGUUUGUCGUCACGUUCCCCAGAGCGUACCACAGUGGCUUCAACCAGGGCUUCAACUUCGCCGAGGCGGUCAACUUCUGCACCGUGGACUGGAUGCCUCUGGGCAGACAGUGUGUCGACCACUACCGUCUGCUGCAUCGAUACAACGUCUUCUCCCACGACGAGAUGGUUUGUAACAUGGCUCUGAAGGCGGACACGCUGGACGUAGUGUUGGCCUCGGCCGUCCACAAGGACAUGGUCAUCAUGUUACGGGAGGAGGACGACCUGAGGGGGAGGAUGAAGAAACAGGGCAUCAUACAUUACAAGGAGGCGAAAUACGACCACCUGCAGGACGACGAGCGUCAGUGUGUCAAGUGCAGGACCACCUGUUACCUGUCGGCCAUCACGUGUCCCUGUCGGCCGGGGGUGCUGGUCUGUCUCCACCACAUCGACGACCUCUGCCCCUGCCCGGUCACCAGCAAAACACUGAACUGCAGAUACACACUGGACCAGCUGUUCCCCAUGAUGAAGGCGGUGAAAGAACGUGCCGAGCUGUACGACGCGUGGGCGGCCCAAGUCUCCGAGACCCUGGAGGCCAAACUGGAGAAGAAGAAAGGUUUGGCAGUUUUCCGCUCCCUUCUUGCUGAAUCAGAGGCAAAGAAGUUUCCGGAGAACGACCUCCUGCGUCGGCUGCGUCUGGUCACACAGGACGCAGAGAAGUGCUCUUCGGUCGCGCAGCAGCUGUUGAACGGCAAAAGACAGACCAGGUAUCGGUGCGGGAGUGUGAAGUCACGGAGUCACCUGACGGUGGAGGAGCUCAGCUCCUUUGUCAGGCAGCUGUACAACCUGUGCUGCAGUCUGCCCCAGGCUCCUCUGCUGAAGGAACUCUUGAACCGCAUCGAAGACUUCCAGCAGCACAGCGAGAAGGUCCUGGCCGACCCGGUCCCCAGCGUGGGUGACAUCCAGACGCUGCUGGACGUCAGCUUCGACUUCGACGUGGAGCUGCCCGAGCUGCCCCGCCUCAGGGAGCGGCUGGAGCAGGCGCGCUGGCUGGAGGCGGUGCAGGCGGCGCAGCCCGCCACGCUGACGCUGGAGACCAUGAGGAGGCUCAUAGACCAGGGAGUCGGACUCUCGCCUCAUCCGUCGGUGGAGAAAGCCAUGGCGCGGCUUCAGGAGCUGCUCACCGUGUCCGAGCACUGGGAGGACAAGGCCAGCAGCCUCCUUAAAGCCAGACCCCCACACUCCAUAGAGACCCUGAUUGCUGCUGCUGAGAAGACGUCCAACAUCCCCGCCUACCUGCCCAACUGCGUGGUCCUGAACGACACCAUCAGAAAGGCUCGCGAGUGGCUUCAGGAAGCCGAGGAGCUGCAGGGCGGCGGCGGCGUGCUGCUGGUGGACAGGCUGUCGGACAUGGUGCUGAGAGGUCAGGCUGUUCAAGUCCACCUGGAGCCGUUGGACAGGCUGGAAAUGUUGAUGGUGGAGGUGCAGGAGUGGAAGGAUUCUGCGGCCGAGACGUUCCUGCAGAAGGAGUCGACGCUCACUCUGUUAGAGGUUCUGUCUCCGAGGUGUGACUACGAAAACGUCCGAUCUCCAAAGAGGAAGGCCAAGAAAGGCAAAGAACUGUCUAAGAACGUCAAGAAGAAAACGUCAGGGCUCAACACUCUCAGCGAUGUGGAAAAAACACUUUCAGAGUCCAAGGAUUCUACCUCCGCGAUGGCAGCUCUGGAGGAGUUGCGGGUCAGGGAGAUCGAGGCUUUCUCCAAUCUCAGGGCAGCAAACGAGUCGAAGCUCCUCCCCACCGCCGACUGCAUGGACCUCAAAGUGUGCGUCUGCCAGAAGGCCCCCAUGGGGGCGAUGUUGCAGUGCGAACUGUGCAGGGACGCGUUCCACAGCGUGUGCGUCAGAGACGUGUCGGACUCCACCAAAUCACAGCCGUGGCUCUGUCCACAGUGCCUCCGGUCGGAGAGCCCCCCCUUGAACAGAGUCCUCUCCCUGCAGUCGUCUUUGAGGCGGAUCGGCGUGCGCUUGCCCGAGGGCGACGCUCUGCACCACCUGGUGGAGAGGACGGUGAACUGGCAGCGGCGGGCACAGCAGUUUUUAAAGACCUGCAGCUCUUCAGACAUGGCAGAGAGGGCGGGAAGUCCCCCCACCCUGACCUGCUGGGUACCAGGCAGCCACGAGGCUCAGAGCGACUCUCAGGCCCCCUCCCUGACCCCAGAGUGGAACAGGUCGGGCCACGCCGUCUUCUACACGGAGCAGAGAUGUAUACCACUGCAGGGCCUGAGCCCGGAGCUGGAGAAGCUGAUGGUGGAGGGCCUCCUGCUGCAGGUGCAGCUCCCGGAGGUGCCGAGCCUCUACUGCACAUUACUGGACAAAGCCAGCAGCCUGCAGACGGACAGAUGCACGUCGCCGCCGCCGCUACCGCCGCAGGACGAGUCCACGGACUGCGAGCAGCCGACGCAGUUCAACUCUCAGGGAAACAAUCUGUCACUGGACCAGGAGGAGGUCGACGCCAUGAGGGAAACGAUGGCCGCCGCGGGAAAGAAAUCAAAGCGCCACCUGGACAGAGAAGGAUCGGACGCCGGCGGCGGCAGGAGGAAGGACAAAAAACAGACCCACAAGAGACAGAAAAUGAACAAGAAGAACCCGCAGCACAGAGCGACCUCCACCUCCUCCUCGCCGCGCUCCGAUUUCUCCCAGUCCGACGACUCGGACGAGGAAAUGGCCGUGUGUCCGGCCGAGAGAUGUCAGCUGCCAGAGGGCGACGAGGUGGACUGGGUCCAGUGCGACGGCAGCUGCAACCAGUGGUUCCACCAGAUCUGCGUGGGCGUCACGGCUGAGAUGGCGGAGAACGAGGACUACGUUUGUGUCAGGUGUACGCUGAGUGACGGACACGUGGGGAAAUGAAGAGGAGAAGAAGAAGAAGGAGAGAUUUUUGCUGAAGGAUUUUUUGCUGGAGAGGUCUGUCGUUUAAUGAAGCCACCAGUCCAGAUGUCAAAGAUACCCCCCCUCCACGCCACGACCCCCCCCCCCCUAGUCCUUCCUGCCCCUCCUUCUUUUGUAACAACGGUGCUAUCUACUCUCUGACUUUUUGUCCAGAACUUUACUGUUUAGAGUUUUUUGGGUAUUUUUUACUUCCGUAUGAUUUUGUUUCUUCUUUUGUUUGUGUUUGAAUGAACGAAAAAAAAAACAUGAUGUGAAAUGUGCUGCAUGGGAUUCCGUUACUUUGAUGCAGAGGAGUCUUACCACAUGAAGCACCCUGUCAGGAGGGUCAAUCAAAGGGGGUUUUAUGGUCUGUUCUGGAGUCUUGCAUGUUCAACAGGAGCCCAGGAGACGACGUCCACGUUUCCUCUCUACUCAAACUCAAAACUACAAUAUCUGUUGGGGAUUUUUUUUUUCCCUCUUUGAAAUCCAGUGUUAAGUUCAUGCAUCUUAAUGUAAUUAUUCACAUUUUUUAUAGAAUAGGUUUAUUUAUCUGAGCAAUAAUUUUUUGACUGCAUUAUCCUAAAUGGCUUGAUCUCUGCUUGGUCGUGUUGGUGUGUUCUGGGCAGCGCGGUGGUGCAGUGAGCUGGACCGUGGACCGGAGACGCAGCAGGAUGGACGAAGGACGGAGUCUCUGCGGAGACGUUGGUCCACAGCGGUGCGGUCUGGUUUACUGUGUAGGACUGGGGACAGUAGCUGUUACAACCUCUGACUUGUGGAAUAAAAACCCUUUUGUUUUAUGGACCGGUCUUGAUGCUUACCUUGAAUAUGGAAUAAGAAGUUGUCUUCACUCUGAAUCAGGGGUUUUUCAUGGUCUAAGUUUGUAGAUCUCCCUCCCCCUUGGAGCUUGGAAAAACCCAACUAUGUCCCUAAAUCUCCCGUUAGAAUCUGAGUUCACAGGCUGCAGAAAAAUGAACAAAUAUUUUCCAACAUCAGUCCAUAUAAAUCCAGUUCUUUAAAAAAGAAUCUUACUUCCUUGGUCCUCGUCUCCUCUUGUUUUGAAAUUCUUUUUUUCUUGAAUGUUGUGUUAAGAUUUGAGUCAUAGUAGGUGUUCUGUGUUCAAGGCCCAAAUCUGCUGUUCUAACCAAUGGUCUCCUGUCACAUUUCUCCACUUCUCAGUUCGACGUCCACCAGCCACGGAGUCUGUUUUAAUCUCCUUUUAUGUCCUUUUUUUUUUUCAUAAGGUUAAGCUGCACUGAGCCCAAAUGAAGCAGAAGAAUAAAACGUUCCCUCGGUGGUGGUGCAGAACUUAGUGUCUUUUUAUGCAGAUGACAUUUUUUUUUCUUCAGUGUCUGGAUAUUGUAUUAAUUGGAACAGAGAGGGUUGGAACUGAUGUCAUUUUCUCCAAAAUUCCUUAUUCCAGUUCACUGCCUACCUCUGGUUUUUAAGUCGAAUUGAACCCAGACUUAGAAGUAGUUGGAACAGGAAUGGAAUUGUUGCUAAAAAAAAAUUACACUAAUAGUAAAAAUGUUAGGAUUUUUUUAAAAAAUAAAAGUCUUGGAGACAGAAUUGUAGCCUUUGGAUUUGGACGUCUUAGAUAAAAGAUUAAAUACAGAGGGUUAAUUGUUUUUUUAUAACAUUGGUUUUAAUGUUGCUUAUUUUAUUGUCUUUUUUUUUUACCACGGACGACGAGUCCAUAAGAAUUUCUGCCUUUUGUUGACCUUUGGUGACCUUUGCUUUACACAGUGUCCAAUCAACGUCAAGGGUUAUUUGGAUAAUAUGACUUUUAUUGACGAUUUUAUGCACAGGCGGAUAAAAUGCAAACUCAAAAUAGACGAGAAAAUCAUCCAAAACAAGUUGUGGAUGUGGACAAGAUGUUUGUUUGUUUUUUAAUAGUAAAUGUGUAAUAGACAAACAUUUUGAAAGGUCUUACAGAUUUAAUUCUAACAGAAAUCAGUAGUCUUUUAUUGGUGAUUAUUUUAUUGACUUGUGUAAUAAAAAAAGAUUUAUACCUGA